GUCUAUAGAGUAUGCAAUGGAUGGGCUUUUCUCAGUGAAAUCAUAUGUCUUUAUCUUUGAGGUCUUACUGCUGGAGAUCAUUAAUGGCAAGAGGAACAACGACUGUUUCAGGGACGAUCCUUCACAGAAUUUGAUAAGAUAUAGAGAUAAUUCAGAAUUAGCAGAGACAGAUGGGCUGGAAGGAUAUAAGCAUUGCCACACCACUGACAAGUUGUUCAAUAGAAAAUUUGAAAAGGCACCCGAACCAAUGGAAAGAGAUUUCAUGUCCCAAAUCAUACAGAGAUACUUGUUGGAUUCUUUUGAUUACACAACUGGCUCAAAGUAUUUGUUGAAGUCAACCUACAUCUAGAUUUGGAGGUGUGGAGAAAGCAUGUGCUUCUCUCCAUAAGUAACCAAUUUGCCAUGCUGGCAGAUGUCUGGCAUGUACAUGAGCUGCCUUGUGCAUAUGCCACUGGUCAAGAUCAUACCAUGGGGUGUUCUUCACAUACAUAGAUUGAGGGAGCAAGAAAUUAGAAAUCUGAUAUAGUAAUGUGUGCCACAGAACCAGAAAUCUAGAGUUCAUGACAGUGUUGUAUUCCAAUUCAUACUAGAAGAGCUGGUCUUUUAAUUUGAUUUUUUAAUUGUAAAUAAUUUAAAGCAGAGGUAAACAUGAAUUCUAUGAUUUUUACAAUCUGAUGGUUAUAUAUGGCAUUGAAAGACUUUUUUUUUUGAAUUUGGAUAAGAUGACUAUCAGGUUCAAUAGAUUCCAAAAAACAACAAAUCCCAUCUGUCAUAUCCUCUUGAUUAAACUAAUUGUUCACAAUUCAGCUCACUUGGGCAUCCAAAUGCAGCGUGCAUGCCUUCACAAGAUCAGUAACAUUGUUUUCUAAUAUGUGCCACAAAAAAAAAUGGAUGUGGGCUUCUUUGCAGUUCUAUUUGUCAUUAAAUUGUUUUUACUCCAUGUUUUAUAUUUACUUGAUAUGGAUUUAUUGACAGUUUCCGGUAAUGAUUAUUGUAUUUCUCAAAACUGAGGUACUAAUUCCCUACUUGAACUAUUAGGAUUACCUUCACUUCAACCAUCCAA